AUGGGCUCAAUCGGCACACCACCAAAGGCAAAGGCCUGCUCACCAUUUACCGGUGCCACGCGUCUUCGUGAGUUGCUGCAAGAUCGUUCCAAGAUCAUUGUAUGCCCAGGUGUCUAUGACGGCCUCACGGCCCGUCUCGCACUCGAAGCAGGAUUCGACGCGCUUUACAUGACUGGUGCUGGAACUUCCAUAUCGAGGCUUGGAUGGGCAGACCUAGGCAUGGCGCAUUUGAACGAUAUGGGAGGCAAUGCUGGCAUGAUUGCCUCCCUGGAUCCCUCGAUCCCGUUGAUUGCAGACGCCGACACAGGUUAUGGCGGACCGAUAAUGGUGACGAGAACAGUCACACAAUACGCUCGUGCCGGUGUCGCGGCUCUCCAUAUCGAGGAUCAGGUACAAGAGAAGAGAUGCGGACAUCUUCUGGGAAAACAGAUUGUCGAUCGCGACACCUAUUAUAGCAGACUCCGAGCAGCUGUGGCUGCACGCGACGCACUGCAAUCUGAUAUAGUCAUCAUUGCUCGGACAGACUCGCUGCAAACAUACGGAUUUGAGGAGGCCAUUGAGCGGUUGAAAGAAGCCGUCAAGAUCGGCGUAGAUGUUGUAUUCCUUGAAGCACUUCGCAACAGGGAAGAAAUGGAGAAAGUCUGCAAGAUUAUGGGAGACACACCCGUAUUGCUGAACAGCGUACCACACGGAACAACGCCCGAACUUUCAGCUCAAGAGGCUCAAGACAUUGGGUUUCGCAUCAUGAUUCAUCCGGGAGUCUGCUUGGGGGCCGUAGCAAAGGCACUCAAGGAAGAACUGCAAGUAUUGAAGAAGACCGGAAAGACUAGUCCUGCAGAUGUCCGGUCAAGUCCCAAGGAGCUCUUCAAUCUUGCAGGACUGCAGGAGUGCAUUGCGAUAGACCAGAUAGCUGGAGGCAAGGCGUACGCCAGCCUCAGCAACUAA